AUGGCAACACACAAAAAAUAAGUAAACUCUCUUUAUAACGUCCGCUUAUUUCCUGAUAAAGGCAAUUCAAAUAAUGUAAAUAAAGCACGUAGUCCAGCAAUUUAACCAUCUCAUAGAUUAUAAUAAUAAAGAAGAGUGACAGUGAAUCUGAAUUAAUAGAAUUAGGAAGCUCCUCUUAAGAAACCUUAAUUAUCUCGUAGUGGGAGUAUGGGAAUGCAAUGUUAAUUUACAUCUUCUGAAACUUUGACUAAUUUGCAGGAAAUAGAAAAUGAUAUCGUAUCUACUGAAGUGGAGACCAUUAGUAUAGACAAAUUACAGAAAUGGAGAAGAGCUUUGGUUGAACAAUGUGAACUUAUGGAGAAAUAAUUAGGGAGGAAGGAAAUAGAUAUAAAUCAUCAUUAAUAUGCAUUUAGAGUUGUUUCUCAUUCUGAAAUGAUAGAAAGGAGAGUAGCUGAGGAAAUUUAGAAUAGGGAAAAGUUAUAGGCUUAAACUUCAUAGAUGAUUAAAUAUUAAGAAUAAGAAAUUAAUUAAUUACUUUAAAAGAUAUAAGCGUUGGAAGAGUCACUCAAUAAAUGA